AUGACAGAGGAAGAGAGAGACAUUAAAAGGGCUAAGGAUAGAGCGUACUAUCAGAAAAAAAAAGGUGAAAAUAAAGUUAAAAAUAUUGCUGAGAUGACUGAAAGAGAAAAGCGAAAGCAGAGAAAAAUUUGGAAAGAAGCAUCAAAAAAAUACAGAGAAAAGAAGAAAGCAUUAUCAAGUAUAGUAAACAAUACUCCGCCACAUUCCGAUGAUAAUUUAGCUGCAACACUUUCAGUAAGAAAAACAGUGGGAAGAAAAAUUGUGCGGAAGGAUAGAGCCAAAGCAUACCAAAAAAGAGAACAGGAGAAAGCUCGGGUACCUACAACUCCUAACAACAAAGUUGACGCCUUGAUAAAAAAUGUCGACGUAACUCCUGAAGUGCGCAAGAAACUUUUAUUUAACGAGGUAUUGACUACGCAAUUAAAAGAAAAAGCCAGUACUUUGAAAAAAAAUUCUAAAGAGAGGGAAGUCUUUCAAAAAUGUGUUAGCGGAAAUAUGUUAAGGGAAUACAAAUUGCAUCACAUGGCUAAGAUUUUUUUGCCAAAAGAGAGAACCAGUACAUCGAUUUUGAAGUCUGAUACCAAAAUUCGUGAGGUUGUUUUGAAGCCAGGAGUUCGUCAAAAAGUUAUAGAUUUCUUCCAAAGAGAUGAUGUCAGUAGGAUGUGCCCAGCCAAGAGAGAUUUUAUUAAUCAUGGAAGUAUAGAGAAAAAUAUCGAGGAUUAUAGUUGCGACAUAACUUUUUAUGACUGCAUGAAUGGUUUGUGUAAUAAAUGUAAAAAUCCAAGGCUUGAGCCAGCUGCAGAUAAUACAAAUUCUGUGACAUAUUUUCAAUGGAAGUCUGUUUUUGAGGAAAAAACUGUAAAAGGCGAGAAUAAGACAUUUAAGAUCACAAAGAAGGUUGCAAUUUCAAGUACAGUCAAAGAAUUAAAAGUGGCUUUUAUUGAAGAUAUUCCAGUUAUGAAAAAACAUCUGUAUGGCAUUUAUAUUUACAACAAACUGAAAAAAGAGUUGAAAGAAAAUUUAACUGAAGAAGAGGUAAUGAUAGACUUUUCAGAGAAUUACACAACUAUGUACGCAAAUGAAAUCCAGUCGACUCAUUUCGCAAAAAAUCAAUUGUCUAUUCAUACAGGCGUAUAUUAUAUACGAAACGUUGAUAAUGGUUUGCAAUCUAGAUCUUUUGCUACCGUGAGUGAAAAUUUAGAUCAUCAAGCCCAUGCGAUAUGGGCUCAUAUGAAACCGAUUCUAGAAACAAUAUUGAAAAAAACAAAUAUUAACAUCCUUCAUAUCUACUCUGAUGGUCCAACAUCACAAUACCGCAACCGAACAAAUAUACAUCUUUGGCUACAAACAUUAAUAAAUGAAUUCAAACAGAUAUCAAAAGCUACUUGGACGUACAGUGAACCUGGGCAUGCCAAAGGGCCCAUGGAUGGCGUGGGUGGUGCCGACAGGCAUGUAUUAAUGGGACAAGACAUUAAAACAGCUUUAGACUUUGUUAAUUUAUUUACGAAGUCUACUAUCUUAGUAAAAAAGAUCCCUGAUGCUGACAUUUCUAGCGUAAAAAAAUUGGUUCCGAAAACUUUAGAUGCCAUACCAGGUAUCAUGAAUGUUACUAAAAUUAAAUGGCAAAGAGGACCAGAAGUUAAAAUUAAAAUAUACAGACACGAACGUUUUCAAAAAGAAUUGAAAAUGUCUGCGUUAUCUGGCAGUUUAUAUCCGAAUUCUGAACCAAUAAAUUUGGGAAUACUUUCAAGAGAGUCUCCUGAACUAAACGAGCAUAUGGAUACAACUGAUGUACAAGAUUUGCUGAAAUUAAAGAACCAAAGCAUUUAUAAAACCAUUUAUUACUCAUCAUCGUCCGAUGAGGAUGAAAAUCAAAUACUGUUGAAGCUGACAGAUGUCGAUAAAGAUGAUGGAGAAAUCCUAGUAACUUUUUUGAGAUCGGUGCGUACUAGUGCCAAAAAAUUUAAAUUAGAGUUAAAUGAUGUAUCUUACAUUACAUUUGAGCAAAUAAUUAGUAUUAUUCCGACUCCAUUAAUGAAAAAAGAAAAUAAUCAAGAGUAUUAUUACUUUGAUACUGAUAUUGAUGUUUACGAAAAAUUCUAA